UAGAGAAGAGCGAACGCUCGAAGGAAGAAGAAACGGCUAAGGAGGUGUACAUCAGCCAAAGGCAAAGGUUUUGUCGACUUCUAUAUACGAGAACGAGAGAACGUGCGAACGUGCGAACGAGUGAGAGCGUGCGAGCAAGGUGUGUGCGAGCGAGUGCGUGCGCGCGCGCGCGCACGCAUGUAAAUGAGAGUAAGAGAGCGAGGGGGAAGAAGCGAUAUAUCAAGAGGACGAAUAUAUGCAUAUUUUAUGUAUGUUGUAUCAUAAACAAUAGCAAAUUUAAAAUGCCUCGAAUCACUAGAAAGUGGGAGCUAUUUCCAGGCAGAAAUCGUUUCUGCUGCGAUGGACGUGUGAUGAUGGCACCAGAAACAGGUGUCUUUUACGUUACAGUAUGUUUGAUUGCUGGGACAAGUGGAUUAUUUUUUGCCUUUGACUGCCCAUUCUUAGCAGAGAAUAUAACGCCUGCAAUACCAGUCAUAGGUGGUUUGUUGUUUAUUUUUGUAAUGUCCGCCCUUUUUCGGACUAGUUUUAGUGAUCCUGGUGUGAUACCCCGUGCGACUCCCGAAGAAGCAGCAUACAUCGAAAAACAAAUAGAAGUGCCAAAUAAUGGUAAUUCACCGACGUACAGGCCACCUCCAAGGACAAAAGAGGUAUUAGUCAGGGGACAACCUGUAAAAUUAAAGUACUGUUUCACAUGUAAAAUAUUUAGACCACCACGAGCGUCACAUUGUAGUUUGUGUGAUAAUUGUGUUGAAAGAUUUGAUCAUCAUUGUCCAUGGGUGGGAAAUUGUGUAGGUCGCAGAAAUUAUCGCUACUUCUAUGCAUUUAUAGUAUCAUUAGCAUUUUUAUGCGUUUUUAUAUUUGCGUGUGCAGUCACACAUCUUAUAAUGUUAACAAGAGACAACAAGCCUUUUCUAGAAGCUGUAAGAUUAUCUCCAGGUAGCGUAGUUGUGGGUGUUGUAUGUUUCUUUUCUGUAUGGAGUAUUUUAGGAUUGGCUGGUUUUCAUACAUACCUCGCAACAAGUAAUCAAACUACUAAUGAAGAUAUUAAAGGUUCCUUUACGAGUAAGAGAGGACAAGAAAGCUUUAACCCAUAUAGUCAAAGAAACAUUUGCGGAAAUUGUUUCUAUGUACUUUGUGGUCCAGCACCUCCUAGCCUUAUUGACCGAAGAGGCGUCGUCACGCCAGAGUAUCGAGCUGAACAAGAGAGAGUCAGUGAAGAUUGUAUAGUAACUGAUAAGACUUAUGGUACUGUGAAAAUUGUACAGCCGCAGUCAAAUGGAGUAGCAGUACCGAUUAGUGGCAGUGAUGAUACGGGGUCCACGAACAACCUCGUCUCGAAUCAUCAACGGCAACAACAGCAGCCCCACUCAUCGCCACAUGUCGAGCCGAUGAACGGUAAUGUGGUGAAUAACUCGAGUCAAAUAGUAUCGAACGAGGUACCGCUAGCCUCAUUGAACCUCGCACCCAUCGAUAUCGACGAAAUAGAGCCAUUACCAGCACCGGGGAUACGUCAGACCGGCUGCACCGUCCUCUCGACGGCUGGUCUCGAAUCGCCAGGACUGCCACCCGUGGCAACUGUCAUGACGCCGCUCUCGGCAUCACGGCUGAGGCUUCUUCAAGAUACGACAAUGAUUGAAUCGGCCCUCGAUCUUGAUUCCCUCGAAGAAGCUAGUAUUGGUCGAGGUAGCCAAGCUGGAUUAAUAAAAUUAGGCGCCAUUUGAGAAGACUGUGAUGGAAAAUUGAGAAAUAACUUAGGAUCAUUUUUAUUAUCUGUUU